GUUGUUGACGGUAGUUCGUCUCCGAACACGUGCGCGGAUGGUCUUCCUCCCCGAUGGGUCAGCUCGUUGUACACGCACACCGCCGUAUUUAAUUUUCACUGACGCAAAUUAAUUUUCCCGCGACCAUGCAUAGCGGUUUUCCGGCGGUUGCCACCGUCACUUUAUCCGUUUUGGCUGUAAUUCAGCUGAUGGCCGUCGUAGGUUCAAACUUACCGAUUCCGAAGACGGAUUCGACGAAAAUGGAUCCUAAAUUCAACGGAACGUUACAAAACGUAACAGCCACGGUUGGCAGAAGGGCCACUUUAUCAUGCACCAUUGAAAACCUAGGGGCGCACAAGAUCGGUUGGAUGAAAGCAGAAGAUCAAACAAUAUUAACGUUUCAUGAGCGUGUAGUGGCUUCAAACGGUCGAUUCAGCGUAAGUCAUGAGAAUUACAGAACUUGGUAUUUACAUAUAAGAGAUGUGGAAGAAACUGAUAAAGGCUGCUACAUGUGCCAAGUAAACACGAUCGAAAUGCAAAAACAAAUCAGUUGUUUAGACGUCUUAGUGCCGCCGGAUAUAAUCACCGACGAGUCAAGCCCUGACCUCACGCUGAUGGAGGCCGAUAACGCGACACUGUCGUGUCACGCCACUGGCAAUCCUGAACCCAAAAUUACGUGGAAACGCGAAAACAAUCAGCCAUUAAUGCUGCGCACCGGUUCUAGGGACUUGGUCAAGCACACUUCAUAUGUCGGUAAUGAUCUAAAACUUUGGCGGCUUGACAGAAGGCAAACCGGUGUUUACUUCUGCAUAGCCAGCAACGGUAUACCACCUGCAGUCAGCAAAAGGAUAACGUUGAGCGUUUACUUUCCGCCCGUGAUUGCGGUACCCAACCAACUACUGGGAGCACCAAUAGGCACAGACGUCACGCUCGAAUGUCACGUGGAAUCCUACCCAAAAUCAAUCAACUAUUGGGUCAGAAAUCGAACAAAAAUGUUGAUGGAUGGGCCCAAGCACAUUCUUCGAGAAACAAUAUCCGGCUACAAGGCUGCGUACUACAUUGUUAUCAAAAUGUUCGAUCAAUCAGAUGUGGGAACCUACAAUUGCAUAUCAACUAACUCCAUUGGAAACUCUGAAGGCACGCUAAGAGUGUACGAGCUUCAAGGCGACAUACCCAUCGGAAAGAGCUCAAAGAACAAAGUCGCCAGAUCAUCGGCAUGUCCAAAACACAUGCACAUAGUUACGGUGGCCGCGUUGACUGCGGUCUGGGCCAAAGCUAUCGGUUGAAUAUCUCGUUACGUCGUCAUCAAGAAAUACAAUAAACUAAACAGAUAUUUUUAAAUCGAUUAAUGUAACUUUUUUUGUAUAAAUGAAUAUCUACUCGCCAAUUUAGGUAUUCGCUCAUCAACAGACUGGAUGUCUACUGUGAUCGUAUUCGUUGUAUAUUUGCCAAUAUAAUAUUAUAAUAAUACUGUGUUUCGCGUCAUAUUAGGGAGUUAAAUGUAUGUAUUUUAAUUUCCAUUAUUAAAAUUACGAAUAUUUUUUAUGUACCUGCGUACAGGUCUAACCUGCGUUAGAGAGACAAACGACAGUCAUGGACACAAAUCGUUUGUUGACAACUAUUAUCAUUAACUAGAAAUAACGUAACGGUAUAUAAUAUCAUUAAUAUCAUAUUAAAUUGUUGUAACUGUACUCUUAUACUUAACAUAGUAUCAUCUUUUUUCGGGAAAACGUUGCGGAAAUAAUAAACUUUUCUAAGAGAAAAAUCGUUUUCAACGCCGCGCCGUCGAUUUGUUUCUUUGUUAUAACUUAUAAUACGUAUAAUAUUAUUAUAAUGUAUACACUAUUAAAAUAUUCCGAUGUUGGCCAACGGUCAAUAUUCCUACAUAACAUUUCUUGAAAACGUGACUAUAUUAUUAAAAUAUUCUAAUUUUACAAAUUGUAAAUAUUAACAAAAUUAUGGAAAUUAUUAUUCCAAGCUUUUGGAACACUGUAUUUAUGCAUGUUACGUUUAGUAAAUUAAUUUUAAUAAAACAAAUGUUUCAAAUACUUGAAAUUUUACCCAAAAUUGUUUCAGUUAUUAGUUGUUACUUCAUUGGAGA